AUAUAUAGUUUUUGCCCCUCCCACAACAGAGAAUAUAAUGGCUAAAAUGGUUUAAUAAAUAGCCAGAAUAGGGAGAUCAUCAUAUAUAGUGAGUAGAGUUCCCAUCAAAAAUAAGUAUCCAUUAACAAUAAAUGGUUUCAUUUAGGCAUAUCCAGAACUGAAUCCAACCUAGGCACCAAAUUUUUUGACUUGUCUAGAAGGCUCUUCUAAUUGGUUAGCAUAUUAAUUGACGAUAAAGGUCUCUGCUCUUAAUGAAUAGACAGUCCUAAUAUUUGUUAAGGUAUCCAUCAACAACUUGUUGCUAUUGAUAUAUGCCUUUUGUGCAAAUGAUUGCUAUGAACCUACAACAUAUCUUUCACUUAAGCAUCCACCUAUAUAUGAUAUUGGAGCCAAGCCUAUAGCCAAUAGUGUUAAUUUCCAUGAAGAUGCAAAUGACAAGGCAAAUCCUACAAUAAUUGCUGAAUAAUAUUAACACUUAAAUCCUAUAAUAUUUUGA